AUGGCAUCCAAGAAACCAAUUGGGUUAACCACAAAUUCGCGUCCGUGUGUACUAUUCGGGCAGGCUUCGGAUCCAUCGGAGACGACCUCUACCAGCGAGUUCUACGACGACGAGUACGACGACGAAGACGACGUCGUACAGGACGAACGGACGCAGCAGCCGGACCAGCAGCGGGCGCGGGUACGGGUGCGGGGAGCAGGUGUUAACAGCGCGAAACCGUACGCGGAACGGUACGACGAUCCAGACGACGACGACGACGAGCAGGCGGAGACGAACGGUGAGGAAGGAUUUGCACACUGGAGCGGCGCGAAAGGUGGGCGCGGAUUUUUGAACGGCAGCGAGCAGCGCGCCUACCAUGCACUGGUAGUGGACGCGUUUGACGAAUCGGACCAACCGGACGAACCGUACUUUGGCCGUGUGCCGUAUAAUGCGAGCAGGGCUGGUGGCCCGAUCCCGUCGACGCCCUUGCCCCGUCCAGCCGUGGUACGCUCGUACGUGCGGCCAGUGUCGCGCUUUUACCGUCGCCAUUCGCCGCUAGCGUCCGUUCCGUGCGCGCGUGAGACGCCCAGCGCAGCCCAGCCAACGCGGUACACCGGCAGCUACACCAGCAGCGGCCAGCAGCAAACGAAGAAGCAUCAGCGCGAAGCAUCGAUCUCCUCCGGUACGGGCAGUCCGGCAUCGAGUGGGGAGGUGGGCCCGAAGCAGCGGGCAGCAAGGCAGCAUCGCUUUCUCGCCAUGUCGUCCGGUGACGCAGACGCCGUGCGGCCCGAGCACGAACCCGACCGUGCGAGAACGCCCCCAAAUCCGUCGACAUCGAUUGGGGGCACCAAUACCGAGAACGGGCCGACCGGCGCUCAGCCGAACGACACGCAGCAGCAGCAGCAGCAGCAGCAGGUCGGGUCCGGUGGUAGCGCUAUCGCUUCGGGUCCGGCAGUAGCAUCGACUGGCUCGAGCGCGACAGUGCCGUCGACAGCAACGCACGCACCGAACGGUACCAACCAGCAGCAACAGCAGAAUCUGGUGAACAACAAUCACAGCAACACGCCAGCGGACGCACCGACCACAGACACAGCUGCGUCCAAGCGUGACUUAAACCCGAAAGGUACGGCACCGCUGGUGCGCAGCAAGGAAUCCGUAUCGCCGCUACCGGUGAAGCGCCAGCAGAACGGACCCGUUGGGCUAAACGGGAUCGCCGGCAGCAGCAAGGACACCAACAACAACGCACCCGGCGAGGGCCAGCGUAGUCCGCAGGCCGCCACGCAAUCAACCGUAAACGGGCCGGGUCAAACGCCCACCAAUCCCAACCAACCGACGCGCCCGCUUGGCGGCAUCAAGGGACGGAAGGGGGGCGGCUGGAAGGCCCGCCCGGACAGUGAAUCGUUCGGGAACGCGCUCAACUCGCCGACGGACGAGGACGAGCUGCACGGUGGCAGCAGCCCGGUUACGGUACGCCGACAGCCGAUCAACGUCAAUCCGGUCAUCACCCGGGACAAGCUCGCUAGCGGUGGUGGUGUAGGUGGUAGUGUUGGUGGAAGUGUCAUUGGGGGUGGUGGUGGUGGUGGCGGUUGGGGUCCAAGACAGCGGGGUGGUGCGGCCGUUGAGCGGGGCAGCCGGAUCCAGAGUCCAGCGACCGGUACAGCCGCUCCACAUCUGCACGGUGUGCUAGGUGGAGGAGGGACUGGUGGAGGAGUCGGCGGGACGUCGAUGGACGUUGGUGCGGAGGGUGCGUCGCAGCCAGCCGCCGCCGUAGCCGCCACCGCGAACGGUACCGGUGCCGCCACAGCCGCCAGCGGCGGUCCGGUACCAGGUACGGCCGCCAGUACACCGGGCACGGCCCAGCCGGUUGGUCCGUUGCCGGUAAAGCGCAGCCAGUCGCGAAACGACGUGCUGGACCUGGACAGUGUACCCGGACCGUCGGGGCUACUGCCGAGCAACCCGGGCGUACCGGGCACGAUCGGGGGCAAUCCGCAGUCACGCUACUCAAACCUGUCGUUCUGGAAGGCGCGGCGGGUGCUGUUCUACCGGAAUGGCGAUCCCUUCUUUCCGGGCGUCGAGUUCCGGUUCAAGCCCGGGCGGGACAUCUGCACGCUCGAGGCACUGCUCGACAAAAUCUCCGCCCGGAUGGAUCUGCCCCGGGGCGCUCGCUACAUAUUCUCGAUGGACGGCGACAGGAAGUAUUCGCUCGAUGAGCUCGAGGACGGUUCCAGCUACGUCGUCUCCUCGUUCAAGGUGUUCAAGCCGGCCAGCUACGGCAAGAAGAACGGUGUGUGGUACGCGUCACCGGGCAAUCAGGGAUGGGGUAGCGGUGCGGGCCCGGGCCGACUCGGCCGCAAACCGUCCGUCACCGAGGUGGACAACAUGCCGUCCGGCAGCCUGAAGCCGAGCGCCGGCCGCGUUAUUAGAAUAAUCAACAGUCACGAUCACAGCGUGCAGUGUCGCGUGCUGCUGAACCUGCGCACAUCGCAACCGUUCGAGGAGGUGCUGGAGGAUCUCGGCCAGGUGUUGAAGAUGAUCGGAGCCAAAAAGAUGUAUACCAGCAACGGGCAGGAGGUGCGCAGCUUCUCGCAGCUGCGCAACGAGUUUGCCGAGGUGGAAACGUUCUAUCUGAGCAACACGCCCUCGCUGCCGGUCGGUGCGCUCGGGCCGGGCGUCAUACCACCGUCGCCCGGGCGCCGUUCGCGUUCGCGGCUGGGCGGCUCGGUACCGGACGAUCUGUCCAAGACGACCGCCCGCCAGCGGGCACGCAGCAAGAGCCGGCCGCGCGUGCUGUACGCACCGGAGAACGAGCUGGUCCGUGCAUCGUCCGACUAUCCGCUGCUGGACGCGAUGAAGGAGGAACCGACGCGCAUUACGAUCCGUGGCCUGCGGCGCACCUUCUAUCCGCCGCUGCAUCAUCCGCCGAUAGACAACGCACCGCCGGACAAGAAGCUGUCCCUGUUCUGGGUGCAUGGAUACCGUGGCAUCGAUUCGAAGCGCAAUCUUUGGGUUUUGCCGUCCGGCGAGCUGCUGUACUACGUGGCUGCCGUUGCCGUACUGUACGAUCGCGAGGAAGACGCACAGCGCCAUUACACCGGCCACACGGAAGACAUUAUGUGCAUGGAGGUGCAUCCAUCGCGGGAGCUAGUCGGCUCGGGACAGCGGGCCGGCCGGGAUCGGAAGUCGCAGGCGCACGUGCGCAUCUGGAGCACCGAGUCACUGCAGACGCUGUACGUGUUCGGGAUGGGCGAGCUCGAUUCGGGCGUAAUUGCGGUCGCCUUUUCACAGCUGAACGGUGGCAGCUACAUCCUCGCCGUCGAUGCCGGCCGCGAAAGCAUCCUGUCCGUCUGGCAAUGGCAAUGGGGCCAUCUGCUCGGCAAGGUGGCGACCCUGCAAGAAGGCAUUUGGGGCGCUACAUUCCAUCCGCUGGACGAUAAUCUACUGAUCACACACGGCCGAGGACAUCUGGCAUUUUGGCACAGACGGAAAGAUGGUUUCUUCGAAAAGACAGACAUCAUUAAACCGCCCUCUCGAACGUUUGUCACCUGCGUCCAGUUUGAGCCGGAUGGCGAUGUCAUCACGGCGGACAGUGACGGUUUCAUCACGAUCUACAGCGUCGACGCGGACGGUGCGUACUUUGUGCGCAUGGAGUUCGAGGCGCACAACAAAGCGAUCAGCUGCCUGGUGAUGCUGUCCGAGGGUACGCUGAUAUCUGGCGGCGAGAAGGAUCGCAAGAUAGCUGCCUGGGACUCGCUGCAAAACUACAAACGCAUCACAGACAUUAAGCUGCCGGAGUCAGCCGGCGGUGUACGCUCGAUAUAUCCUCAGCGGCCGGGCCGGAACGAUGGCAACAUCUACGUCGGCACGACGCGCAACAACAUCCUGGAGGGUUCGCUGCAGCGACGCUUCAAUCAGGUCAUCUUCGGGCACGGCAAACAUCUGUGGGCGCUGGCAGCCCAUCCAGAUGAUGAGGUGUUCGCGACCGGCGGUCACGAUAAGUAUGUGGCGCUUUGGCGCCGCCAAAAGCUGAUCUGGACGACCUCGGUCGGGUACGAGAUAAUAGCGCUCGCGUUCCAUCCGUACGGUGCCGCCCUGGCGGCUGGAAGUUCCGAGGGUCAUCUGAUAGUGAUUAAUGCGGAAAAUGGCGCCACAAUGCUGACGAUUCGUGUGUGUGGUUCACCGCUGAAUGCGGUCGAGUUUAAUCAGGUUGGUGACAUGAUAGCGAUUGGAUCACAAAAUGGCAGCAUCUAUCUGUUCCGAGUGUCACGCGACGGGUUCUCGUACAAGAAGAUCAACAAGAUCCGUGGCUCACAGCCACUAACACAUCUCGACUGGAGCAGCGAGGGUAACUUCCUGCAGUCGGUGACGGUAGACUUCGAUCUGCUGUUCUGGGACGUGAAGUCACUGUCACCGGAGAAGAGCCCGAUCGCGAUGAAGGACGUUAAGUGGCUGACCAGUAACAGCACCGUCGGCUUUCUGGUGGCCGGUCUCUGGAACAAUCGCUACUAUCCGGCACCGUCGAACACGAUCAUCACGACGACGGCACGCACCGCCGCCCAGGAUCUGGUGGCGGCUGGCGAUGCCGACGGUUAUCUGCGCCUGUUCCGCUACCCGUGCAUUACGCCGCGGGCCGAGUUUACCGAGGCGAAGGUAUACUCCGGUACGCUCGCGUGCGUGAAGUUCCUGUACGGCAACCAUAGCCUGGUGACGGUCGGCGGUACCGACGCGUCGCUCAUGAUCUGGGAGCUGACCGAGGAAUAGCCACUGUGGCCGCCGUGGCGCACCGGGGUCGGCGUCGCCGCAGCCGCCGGGUCUCCCUCACCAGCAGGUAAUCCUAGCACCGUACUACCCGUACCCGUAGCAAGCAACCAUCACCAUCAUCCCCACCAUACCCAUCAUCGGCCGGAAGCAAUCGCAACCGGCGGGUUCUGUCAGCGUCCGGCCACCCAGCCAGCCGUCAUCGUCGCGACAGCCGCCCC